UAUGGUUCCAACGCGACGCUUUUCAGUUCGCCAGUAACUUGUGGAAUGAAACCUAAAUUGAAAAAGAAGCCACACAUCAGUGAGAAGUGUGGGAAGAAAUUUUCGUCUGCUUCACCUUUACAUGUGAACAAUAUGACUCAUCCUGGAGAGAAAUCACAUUUCUACAGACAGUGUGGAAAGAAACUUUCCAGUUUGUCAAAACUCAAAUUAAACACUGGAUUCAUACACCCACACGAAUGCAAUGAGUGUGGGAAGACGUUUACUCGACCUGCUGGUCUAAAAUUUCAUAUGACAAUACACACAGGAUUAAAGCCAUAUGAAUGCAAUGAGUGUGAGAAGAAGUUUGCUCAACCUGGUGGUCUCAAACGUCAUAUGAGAAUACACACAGGAGAAAAGCCAUAUGAAUGCAGUGAGUGUGGAAAGAAGUUUACUCAAUCUAGUGGCCUAAGAGUUCAUGUGAGAAUACACACAGGAGAAAUGCCAUAUGAAUGCAAGGAAUGUGGGAAGAAGUUUACUGGAUCUGGUGAUCUAAGAAUUCAUAUCAGAACGCACACAGGAGAAAAGCCAUAUGAAUGCUGUGAGUGUGGGAAGAAUUUUACAAAAUCUAGCCAUCUAAAACUUCAUGUUAUCAGAAUGCAUACAGGACAAAAGAUGUAUGACUGCAGUGAGUGUGGAAAGAAAUUUACUCAAUCCCGUGGUCUGAAAGUUCAUAUGAGACUGCACACAGGAGAAAAUCCAUUUGAAUGCAAGAAGUGUGAAAUGAAGUAUUCUCAAGCUAGCUCUUUGAGAGUUCAUAUGAGAACUCACAAUAGACGAAAGUUCUAUAGGUGUAAAGAAUUUGGAGAAAAGUUUUCUACUAGUUCACGUCUAAAUAUUCCUUUAAAAUCUCACCGACAAGAAAAGAAAUAUCAUUGCAAACAUUGUGGAGAAGAAUUUCACUUUGCCGCAGAACUUACAAUGCACCAGAAAGCUCACACUCGAGAAGACGCGAUUGCACAAGACCAUAUAAAUUUGAUAUUAUCCUCAAGCAAGCCUCAAACCAACUCUAAUAGUACUCAUUUAUCUGCUCAAACUUCUGCAAUGUUUAGCGAUAGAAGCUUAGUCACAUUUCUAUCCAUUCCUGCCAACGGUGUUUGCAGUUCAUCUGUUGUCUUCUCUAUGUUCCACCAUCCCAAUAUAGCUGUGACAUAUGGUGUGACUGUGUCUACAGGUAGUGACAUGUUGGUAAUGGAGAAAGUUGUAACGUCUUUGUCUGAUGUGCUUGAUGAUUCAGUCGUGAAUGAAGAGAUGAAUGUACACGAACGAGUUGAUAUUUCUUAUGGCAUUGUUUGUGCAGUUGACUAUUUGCAUCAUCAAGUGGGAAUCAUUCACGGCUACAUCAGCUCUACCACUGUAUUUAUCACAUCUCGACUGACCGCCAAACUGUUAGAUCCAGGGGCAUCUUGUCUCAUGAAUGAUAAGAUAAGUGAACGUGCUGAGUCAUAUGAUGAUGAUCUGCAUCAACUAAUCUGUCUCCUCAUCAAGUUAUACGAAUCAUUUUCACAAUUUUCAUUUGUUCGUCGUCGUUUAGACGACAUGAUUAGUCCUGAUGAGAUUAAUAAGUCAAGGGAAAAAAUUGUGUCUACGAGGGAACUGCUUGAGUUAAUUGAUGAAUUAAAACACAAUGAUGAAUACAGUUGCAGCUCCCGCAGACGCGAACUAUCAAUAGUUAAUUGAAAUUGAGUUCGUUAUCUGAUUAGAUAUAAAUGUUGACUGAUUGUGUGUUGUAAAGUUGAAGUUUAAAAUACAUUGGUUGAA